GCAGCACCAAACACGGUGUCCAUGGCAGUGAUGCCUCGCUUCCACUCCUCCACGCCCAUGCCGCGCCUCCUCCGCCCCCACCUCUGCGCCCUCACGCUUCUGGGAUCCCAGCGCUGCCCUCGCCGUGGCCACGGAGAGCGUCCGCGCCGGGACGCUCAGCCCGGCAGACGCAGGCCACCUGUUCGACGAAUUGCUGCAGCAGGCAACCCCGGUCCCUGGCCAAGCCCUGAACGGCUUCCUCGCCGCCCUUGCCCGUGCUCCAGCCUCCGCCGCCUGCACAGACAGCCCCGCCCUCGCCGUGUCUCUCUUCAACCGCCUGUGCCGAGAAUCCAGCCCACAUGCGUCGCCUCUUACAGUCCACACCUACGGCAUCCUCAUGGGCUGCUGCUGCCGCGCGCGUCGCCCUGACUGGGGCUUGCCUUCUUCGGCCGCCUCCUCAGGACGGGCCUGAGGACAGACGGUGUCGACGCAUACGCUCUCAUCAAGUGCUUCUGCCUCGCAAAACGGGCAGACGAGGCUGUCAGCGUGCUGCUCCAUAGGAUGUCUGAACUCGGCUGUGUGCCUGAUGCCUUGUCGUACUCCGUCGUUCUGAAGGUCUUGUGUGACGAUAGCAGGAGCCAACGAGCGCUCGACCUGCUCCAGAUGAUGUCGAAAGAAGGAGGUGGGUGCGCCCCGAACGUGGUGGCAUAUAGCACGUUCAUCCAUGGCUUCUGUAAGGAAGGCAAAGUAAGCCAGGCAUGCGAUCUGUUCGAUGAAAUGGUGCAGCAAGGAGUUAAGCCUAAUGUGGUGACAUACACCUCAGUAAUUGAUGCGCUGUGCAAGGCAAGAGCAAUGGACAAGGCAGAGUCGUUCCUUCGGCAUAUGGUCAAUCAUGGUGUUCGACCCAACAACGUGACCUAUAAGUAUAUGAUCCAGGGUUAUUCCACUUUGGGCUGGUGGAAAGAGGCAGUAAAAAUAUUUAGAGAAACGACAAGUAGGGGUCUUAUACUAGACGAUGUUACUCGCAACUUGUUCGUGGCCUCCCUUUGCAACCAUGGAAGAAGCAAGGAAGCUGCUGAGUUUGCCCAUCAGAUGAUUGAAACUGGAACAACAGUGAGCAUUUCCACAUACAGUAUAAUUCUUGGAGAACUUUGUAGGAAUAAUUGCACUGAGGAAGCAAUCAUACUGUUCCGCAAAUUAGGUGCAGUGAAUGUGAAGUUCGAUAUUACAAUAUUCAAUACCAUGAUUGAUGCAAUGUACAGGGUUCAAAGAAGAGAAGAAGCUAACAUUUUGUUUGCUGCAAUAUCUGCCAAUGGAUUGGUACCUAAUGCUUCUACUUACAGAAUAAUGAUAACAAGUAUUGUAAAAGAAGGAUCAAUGGAAGAAGCUGAUCAUAUGUUUUCAUCAAUGGAAACGAGUGGUUAUGCUCCCAGCUCCGUUCUGUUAAAUGAUAUCAUCAGAAUGUUGCUAGAAAAAGGUGAGAUAGUCAAGGCUGGAAAUUAUUUGUCUAAAGUUGAUGGGAAGUGCAUUUCACUUGAAGCUUCAACUGGUUUGUUGAUGAUGCAUCUAUUUUCAAGAGAAGGCAAAUAUCAUGAGCAAAUAAGAUCACUCCCUGCAAGGUAUGAAUUUUUCGGAGUCAGCACAGUUGAGUAGUUGAUUCAUUGGAUGUGUAUAUCUCCUUGGAAGGUACAGUUGAUUUAUUCCAAUGCCAUCUGGGUCUCUUGCUGGUAUAGUAAAUGCAAAUUAGUUGCUUGUGGAAAACCGGUCAUUCAUUUUUUAGAUUCAGUUCAUAUCUGGGUAUCUUUUAAGCUUCUUUGCGCGUGGAAAGGUGAACCACAUAGUCUAGCAGAAUUGGUUGCAUUUAGGGAUAAUGGCUUCUGAUUGAACUGGGAAGGUAUAGAUAUGGUGCUCUUUCCAUAAGAAGCACAAUGAACACCAAUUCUAGCUUUUCUAGCAUGGUUUGUUCCAACCACCCAGGAUUUUAUAAUAUCUCUAGAACAGUCACUUUCUCCUAUGCACGUGUACAGUCCUGUCCGGUUUUGGUGCCCUAAAUGUUCCACCGCCGCGACUUCUACUUUCUCUUUUACAACUUGAAAGGCAGUUGUUUUACAGCAUAGACUGGGGAUCAGAGUGAGAGCAAAGGCAGAGGAGCAGCACAAAACAUGAUAUCUUGCUGGACUGGCAUCAAUCGGGCUGGCAACACUCUGCUUCGGCUCUGUGAAGAUGUUUUGGACAAGUUUGUGUUUGUUACAGUUCACUGAUGAUCUUAAUCUGGUUUGGGGUAUUCUGAGAAUUGUUUCAGGCUUUGUUUGGUACCAACUGGAGUGACUGCUAAUACUCCUUUGAUUUACUCUUCACAUGCAUGACCAAGAUUCUGUGUAGACAUUUUUGUUUUCCUGUUAUACUCCACCAAGAAUGCUUCCGAGUCUUUGCUUGGGCUUUUCUCAAUCAUCUGGGGACGUGAGCUGGAACCAUUCCUGUCAAGACUAGCUCCCUGGAAAUUAAGACAAGACACAAUCCCUACAUAUAUGGUAGCUCAAACUUUGCAUUCUAACUAGUUAAAUUGGCCCCUCUUUUAUGUAAACUCUUGUAUGUCUUGUACAUGGAUUGCAGGUUUUAGUAAAAUCUUCUUUGCUUAAGAGAUUUUUGAAGGCCAUGUUCUUUUCCA